AUGAAUCACGGUGACAUGGGCCACGGCGGUAUGGACCACGGAGGCAUGGACCACGGAAACAUGUGCAACAUGAACAUGCUCUUCACAUGGGACACAAACAACCUCUGCAUCGUCUUCAAGUCCUGGCGCGUCACCUCCACAAUGUCCCUCAUCUGGUCCCUCCUAGGCGUCAUACUCCUAACAGCCGGCUACGAACUCAUCCGCGAAGCCUCCCGUCGCUAUGAAGCCAAAGUUCAGAAAGACAUUGAUGAUAUGCCGAGACGUAAUGCUGCCAAUGUGUAUGCGAAAACAAAGACUAUCAAGGCUGCUUUUUACGCCGUUCAGGUCUUUUAUUCAUUCUUCAUCAUGUUGCUUUUCAUGACAUAUAACGGCUGGAUCAUGUUGGCUGUCGGUGUGGGUGCUUUCGUAGGAUAUUUGGCAUUUGGCAACUCCACUGUGACCAAGAGCGCUGCUUGUCAUUGA